UUCACACGGUGCAAGGUAGAAGUCACGGAAUCGUAACGUGCCACAGGAUUGUUACGUGGACACUAUUUCCUUUAGUUCUUCGUUUUCCCUCGUUUCUUCUGUUGUGUUUCAUUUCUUAAAACAUAUAUGUCAGUGCGUACAUAUGUAUGUAUCACGUUGCACAAAGGACUACAACAUUUGUCGCAGCUUCGGACGGGAUAAACUUUAGCACGAUCUUCUGUUGUUUGCUUUCGUGAUUCAACAGAAGUAUCAGGACGUCGGUCUCUUUCUACGAUGGCAGAUCACGAUAACAUCUACGACGACGAGGAGCUAGUAUCAGCGAAUCCAAAUCAAAGGAAUUGGCGGGGGAUUUUGAUAGCUCUACUCGUGAUCGUUGCGGUCCUAACUUUAAUUGUGACAUCGGUUGCCUUAUUAACACCACCAGACGAGGGUCCCAGAGUAAGAGGCGCUAGAAUAAGACUUUCCGAGAUACUUUCUGGAGAAUUAACACCCCUUUUCUUCAAUGGGUCAUGGGUAAGCGGACAGCAUAUCUGCUACCGAGAUGUGUGGGGUGGAAUUUCGUUAUUACACGUUUCCCCCAAAAACAUCACUUCCCGCAGUUUAAUGUCCAAUGAAACUUUUAGGAUACUGAAUCCCGCCAAGUUCUCAUUGUCACCGGAUCGUAAUUAUUUGCUCCUUGCGCACAAUGUAAUCUUCCGAUACUCAUAUUUAGCACAGUAUACAAUUUAUGACGUAAAUACACGAGAAACUAUACCACUAACUCCACAUCCUGAGAAAGAAGUCCAUCCUUAUCUUUUAUUGGCACAAUGGACUCCACGUGAUCAUGGUUUAGUUAUGGUUCAAGAUUAUGAUAUUUAUUAUAUAACCAGUCCUAAAAGUAAUACAGGAUAUCGUGUUACUAAUACAGCUGUACCUGGUAUUUUAUCAAAUGGAUUACCAGACUGGCUUUAUGAAGAGGAGAUCUUGCAUCGUGCAGAAGCAAUUUGGAUGUCAUCAGAUGGCCAUAUGAUGCUAUAUGCUUCUUUCAAUGAUUCACUUGUUGAGGAAAUGCACAUAUCUUGGUUUGGAGAAGGAAAUAAAGCUUUAUAUCCUGAUAUACGAUCUUUGCGUUAUCCGAAACCGGGAACACCAAAUCCUGUGGUACGACUCUAUGUAGCAGACUUGGCAGAUCCAAAGAACAUUCAUACGAAGGUAGUGAAACCGCCACCUAUCAUCGAGCAUGUAGAACAUUACUUUACAACGGCUUCUUGGGUAUCUUCAACGGAAGUCUGCAUAACAUGGUUGACCCGUGCACAAAAUCUUUCUGUUGUGACCAUUUGCAAGAGUCCAUUGUGGCACUGUCAGGAAAUUCAAAGGAUAGUAGCUGAAGAUCGUGGCUGGGUAGAUACUCCUCCAGAAGCACCUAUCUUUUCAGCAAAUGGUAGCAGUUACAUUGCUAUAAGCCCAGUUAAGGAUGGUCCAGCUGGUUAUUAUAAACAUAUUGUUUGGGUAAAUGUUGCUCGGAAAUUAAUUGUUCCACUCACUCAUGGAAAAUUUGAAGUCACACAAAUAGUAGCAUGGGAUCAAGCUAAUAAUACUAUAUACUUUAUAGGUAUACCACCUAUGCGACCAGGACAGAGACACCUUUAUUAUGUGAGUUCAUUGUUACCACAUGUGGGUUCGUCUCUACACCCUGCUGUUUGUAUUACUUGCACGGAAACAUCAGAAGGAAUUCGAAAUGAACAUCGAACAACAUCUAGUCAUCAUAAUACUUGGUCUGACAAUAGUUAUAUACAUGAACAUUAUGAAACACAAACGGAAAGUGUACAAAAUACAAAUGAGGGACAACCAAAGGAAAAUGUUACAAAAAAACAGAAAUCGAAAGCGUACGUUUCACCAAAAUUCACAGAUCAACCUUGUCAAUAUCACAAUGCUAUUUUCCCACCAGUUGGUACUGAUUAUUUUGUCUUAGAAUGUUAUGGACCUGGUAUUCCUACUGUUACCUUAUAUAAAACUGAUUUUCCCAUGCCACAUCUUAUCCAUGUCUUACAGAAUAAUACAUUAUUACGCGAACGAGUUGCUAAACUUGCACUUCCACAAAUUAAAACAUUUCCUGUUCAAAUAAGCGGUGGAUAUAAUGCACAAGUAAAAUUACAUCUGCCCCCUGGAUUAAGAGAAGAUGAAAUUACACGAUAUCCUUUAAUUGUACAAGUAUAUGGUGCACCAGGUACACAAUUAGUAACAGAGAUGUUCAAAAUUGAUUGGAAUACAUAUUUGGCUAGUAGGAAAAAUAUGAUUGUGGCACAAAUUGAUGGUAGAGGUAGUGGAGGUCAAGGUUAUAAAUUUCUUCAUGAAGUUUACUAUAGACUUGGUUCUGUAGAAGUUGCUGAUCAACUUGAAGUAACAGAAUAUUUGCGGGAUUCAUUGCAUUUCGUGGACAAACAACGAGUUGCUGUUUGGGGUUGGAGUUAUGGUGGUUUUGUAGCUGCUCUUGCGCUGGCGCACCCUGAGCAAGAUGUCUUUGAAUGUGGUAUAAGUGUAGCACCUGUUGUUUCAUGGAAACUCUAUGAUUCAGCAUAUGCUGAAAGAUAUAUGGGUUUGCCAGAUGUUGUAUCCAAUUACAAGGGAUAUGCUGAAUCAGAUGUGUAUGAUAAAGUGGAACAUUUGCGAAAUAAAAUGUUUUAUUUAAUGCAUGGCACUGCUGAUGAUAACGUCCAAUUUCAACAAUCUAUGGCACUUGCGCGUCAUCUUGCGAAAAAAGGCAUACUUUUCCGACAACAGGUGUAUCCAGAUGUGAGUCAUACAUUAGCAGGAGUCAAAGGUCACCUUUACUUAUCAAUGGCUCAAUUUUUGGAUGAAUGUUUCCAGAAACAAGCACCUACUGAUACAAAAGCUGGUCUCAUCAGUGGUGGAUCUAGUCUGUAA